AUACAAACAGAUAUAGGGGAAUAACAAAACUUGUUGUAGUUAUACUGAAAACCCCGCUGUCAAAGUUCAUUGACAUGUGACUGUGGUUUUGAGUAGGAAGGAAGCUAGCAGUUGCUCCCCUGCAGCAGAGCUGUGUCUACUUACAGAAAGUUAGUUCUGCCUCCCACUACAGAAAGAGCUAGCCCACCAAACAAGUUGUUGUUUGUGUCAGCAGUGGAGUCCAAAGGAUCUCUUUCUUGAUCAUAGUCACUCGCAGGGGGCGUUGACAUGUGGUAUUAGUCUCUGUCAACUUAUCUCGUACUCUCAUGCACAGCAAGUGAUCUGCGAUGACACUUCCUCAUUACUUUAUUUUCUUUCUUCAAGUGGUGCAUGUCAUAUCACUUGAGGAAACUACUGGGUACCUCGGGGAAAAUGUUACACUACUCUCAGGUGCCAAUUCAUCGUGGAAUCUGUCCAAAAUCGAGUGGUCAAUAUUCUCCAACAACACUUGGAUUGCCACCUAUCGUGGAGGGAAGAUAAACACGAAUCGUGUCGCUCAGUAUAAAGACAGACUCAGUCUUAAUAAUGAUACAGGCGAUUUGGUGAUUAAUCAACUGACUACACGUGAUGCUACGGAGUACACUGUGGAUCUCCUUAACAAAGCGGGAAAGAACACCGUGAAUAAGAUUAAACUCAUAGUGACACAGCGCCUCAAAAAACCAACCAUAAGUACAGUGUUCAGCCAGGACAUGGAAGGUGGCUGCUGGAUGAUGCUGGACUGCACUUCUCCAGAUAAAGACGUUCAACUCACCUGGGAUGUCAAGCCUUCUGGUCUGAACAGCACUAUCCCCAUUUCUGGCAGCCGUACCUAUCUCAUCGUAUUCAUCAACAAAACACAGAACUUUGAAUUCACCUGCAGCUCUACAACCAGCAAAAAUAGGGAGCCCGUCUCGCAGACUGUCAAGCAAAAGUGUGUUGUACCUGAAGGCAAGCCUACGCCUCCACCUCCACAGCCUCAGCCGAGGGACAGAAGUGCCAUUUGUUUCAUAGGUGGCCUCAUUGUAGGUCUGUUAAUAGCAAUACUUAUCUUUAAGAGAGAAAUGAUCUACCAGCUUUUGAAUGAACUUCUACGCCCAUCAAAAGAAAACAGCACGGGUGCUAAGGCUUAGGAGCUUCAAGGAGCCAGAGUGACGACACGGCAGAAACAUCAAGGACCAAAGACAACUACACACCUUUUGUUGCAUUAGUUAAGGGAGUCGCAGUGACAGAUCUGAAUGUAUAUUGAGAGAAUGGGCUCCAAUGUUCUAUUUCUAUGCUAUUCUAUUUCUAGUUGUAUUUGUGUGUCAUGAGAAGGGCUUUGGGGACCUGGUUCAUCAGACCACGGUGCACCUGUGACCGGCUUCAGACUCUGCGGGCGGACACUCUCCGUUGUCAUUUACAUCCUUCCCUCAGCGGACAACCAAGCAGACACAAUGCCAUGACACGAUCCAUGCCGCUGUUGCUGUGCAACAACCUCGGACACUGUUUAGACAACUAUUUUUGUAUAUUUUUUCAUAAUGCCAAUUCUGUAAAAAAAAAAAAUAUUACACUUUUUAUUUUUAUUUUACUUUAAUUUAGGCUCAUUUUAUGUGACCUUUCUUUAUCUGCAACCAAGCUACGCUGACAUAAUAAUUUCUCAUGCAUUAUUAAAGUCUAUAAUGUCCAUAAUGUGUUUAUAUUGGGACUAUUUAGAAGUAUAAAGAUGUUAUUAUAUGUGCACCGGCUGUAUUAGAUUAGGCUGUAGUGCCUUUGCCUCUUAAAUAAUACAUUAAACAAGGCUGUUUUUUUUAA